CUGCUUGUUGUUGUUGUUGGAGCAGCUGUGGUUUAAACAUUUGUUCGCCUGCAGAAACGAUGACUGCAGUUCAGGCUUUGAGAGAGUUUAUCAACGAGCGACUGACUGCUGCCGCUGGAGAAAUAUUCACCGCAUUCGAACAAACUAUCGUCCGAUACGAGGAGGAGAUUGCUCGUGAGCGCACAUGUUUGGACAACUGGAAUCCUCAAAUCAAGUUGGACAGAACAGACAGUCCACGGCAUGACGUUCAUAACCAGGAGACGACGUCCAGUCUGGAGCCGGAGGAACACGAACCUCCACACAUUAAAAAAGAGGAGGAGGAUCACGAUGAGUUCCACGCACACUAUAACGAACCGUGUAUGGCAGAGUCUGAGAGAAACGUGCCCACCUCAGUACAAGAACUAAAGGAGCUCUCUGGAGGCACAAGUCAGCCCAUGACUGAAGUCUCAGCAACUACGGGUACACCAGAAGAUGACAAUUGCCUCCAUAAAGUCGCCUGUGCAGUUGUCAACUCUUUGAACUCUUGUGAAGAGUGCAGCAGAAGACCCUUCUCCAGUCCACAGUGGCUUGGUUUCACAUGUCAAUUGUGCUCAAAAUCAUGGCACAAAUCCUGCUUUUUUAAGAGGACAUCAUCAUUGGAUGUGAAACCUGAUUGUGACCCUCCAAAGAGUAGUGAUGACUGCUGCUCAGAUGAAGACUGUGUGCCCUGUACAUCAUGGAGUAGUAAUGGAUCCCGCUUUGAAGAACUCUGGUUCACCAGCUCUGGUGUUCCUGCGUCAAGUGAUGAUCCAUCUUCCUCCAACACCGAUCCAAGCGUACUGCAUUGUGAGGCGAGAACAGCUGACUUGGUGUCUUCUAAGCGAAGGAAGAAGAAAGUAUCACAACCCAUCGACUGCAUGGAGGAGGAGGAGGAGGAGGAGGAGGACACUUCCCUAUCUGGCAAAUUUGACUUUGAAGAAGACCUUGUAUCUGAUGUUGAAUCUUCUAAUGAUGACCCCAACACAAGCAAUACCCAGAGUCCUCCAACAACUGCAGCAAUGUCUGAGUUCAACGGAACAGCUAAGAUUGCACCAGCCCCAAAUGAGUCUUCUUACGCUAAGAAUAAUUACUGUUAUGUUUGCAAGACGCCUCAGUCUAAAAUCGCUCGUCACCUUAAAAAGCAUGAGAAAGAAGAACCGGCUAUUGCUGAAGCAUUUUCGCUUCCAAAGUACUCCAAAGAGAGAAAAAAGUUGCUCGAGAAGUUGCGCAACAAAGGUAAUUUUGAACAUAAUCAAGAAGUUCUCACAAAUAAUGAUGGACUGCUGAAAGUAAAAAGAAGAUCGAAACAAGCUGAAAGCUCUUCAAAUAGCAAAAUGUACGUACACUGUGUGUAUUGCAAAGGCAUGUUCAUCCGUAAUUCGCUCUGGCGCCACUCACGUAGUUGCCCCGCAAAGAGAGUCUCACAAUCUCAAGCGACUGGUAAAGUCACAUGUUUGCCUCUGGCUGAUAUUGCACAGACCACGUGCACCCAAGCAGUUAUACCUGGAGUGUGGAAGCUUCUUAAAAGUCUAAAGGAAGAUGAGAUCGCAUCUGUAGUUCAGAAUGAUUUCCUCUUAUUGCAACUGAGUCAGUCUCUCUUUAACAAACAUGGAAGUGAUCCAACAAAAUCUGAGUAUAUGAGACAGAGGAUUCGGGAAAUGGGCAGACUGCUGUUAACCUUGAGGAAAAAAUCAGUUUUCAGCUUUGAAGAGGCUACAAAACCAAAGAAUUUCCAAAAAGUCAUUGCAGCUGUGAAAACAGUUGCUGGUUAUGAUGAGAAGAAGAAGUGCUAUCGCACACAAAGUCUUGCUCUGAAUUUGGGAUACUCUCUUAAGAAAAUUGGUGACAUUCUUCUCUGUAGGGCCAUUGCUGCAGAGGAUGAAGGGAUGAUAAAAUUGGCUGAACAGUUCACACAGCUCUGCACAAAAGAAUGGGCAAGACUUGUCCCCAACAAGGCUCUUGCUUCUUUGACCAAAUCAAAGCUUGAUAAACCAUCGACCUUACCGUUCACAGAGGAUGUUCAACGUUUGCACCAGUAUCUGGAGAAGAAAUCAGCUGACGCUGUAAAAUCCCUGAAAGAGAACGAGUCUCCACGGACUUAUGCAGAGCUCGCCAGGUUGACUCUUGCUCAAAUGAUUCUCAUCAACAGACAUUCCCCAGGACAGAUCUCAAAAAUAACGCUUGAGUCUUUUAAAAAAAGAAAGCGGACUGAGCUUCGUGAGGACGUAGCUGCUAGCCUCUCACAGUUUGAACAAAAGCUCGCCAAGUACUCCAGCAGGGUAGAAAUCAUGGACAAGAAAGGGACAAAGGCUGCUGUUUUAGUUAACCCUGAGGUCCUCAGUGCAGCAACACUUCUUGUAGAAAAAAGAGACGCAUGUGAUGUACGCAAGGACAAUCCCUUCCUGUUUGGACGGCCAAAGUGUCCCUCCACUAGUCACUACAGUGGACAGGACUGCAUCAGGAAGUUUGCAGUCGAGUGCGGUUCAAAGAAUCCUGAACAUCUCGUCUGUACACAGCUCCACAAGCAUGUGGCAACAUUGUGUCAAAUCCUCAGCCUCAAGGACAAUGAGCUGGACCAACUGGCCAACUUUUUGGGACACGAUAUUCCGAUCCGCAGAGACUUUCUUCGACUGCCGGAGGCGACUGUAGAAAUGGCAAGAAUCUCAAAGCUUCUACUGGCAAUGGAGAAUGGCUCUCUCGCUGAAUUCCAGGGAAAGUCUUUUGAUGAGAUUCAGGUUGAAGAUCUAUUGGACCCAGAGCUGGACGGGGGUGAGCAACGUGGAGGUAACGACCGAAACGAUGGCGGCACAGAUGGCGAUAAGUCAGAUCGUGCUCUUGGACCAAGGGGGAAAAGAAAAAGGAUGGUAUCGACUCAGGAUGAGACCAAAGGUUCCAAAGAAAAAAGAAAAAGGAUUAAAUCGACCCAGGAUGAGGCCAAGACUUCCAACGUGGCUACCACGACAUUAGACACAUGGGAAACAGAUAUCCAGAUAAUGGACAUCUGGUCAUUGAUGGAAGAUCAAGAUCUGUGGACGGACCCUUAGCAGUCAUGCAGUGAUGCUGAUACUACUGUGAAUGUCUGA